UCUUUUUCAAACACAAACUGGGCAUCUUACCAGCUUUUCCUUUUUGCAGCACUUACUCCCCCAGCCACCCAUCACCAUCUCUCUCCAAUCUUCAUUCUUUCUUUUUAUAUACACCCACUCUAAACCCUACUCUUCAUUCCACAUGGAAACUGGGUGGAGGACUUCCACCUGUGACGGCGGCGACGGCGGUGCUGAUGCUGCUGCUGCUGGUGAUGGUGGUGCUGGUGACAGUGGGGGACACAACAGUAGUUACACACAUACUGCCUGGAAUACUUGGGACAUUAGUACUACUACUCCUACUCCUGGUACAAGUUUUUAUAAUUGGACCAAUCCCGCCUCCGUUAAAGCAACGGAGGCGAGUGUGGUCCACGCGCUUCUUUUUGGUGUCACUGGUAAUAACAACAGUGACACCAGUGGAAGUGGAAUGCACUCAAAUUGCAUGACGGACCCGCAUAUGAUGUGUUUGAAGCUCGGGAAACGGCACUACUGCGAGGACAUGGCGGCCGAAUCCAGUAGAAGAGACAAACAACAGUAUCCGUUUCAGUAUCCGAAUCCGUAUUACCAGGCUGCUGACACUAGUACCACAGUGUCGACACCUGGGGUAAGGGUAACGUCUUCACCGGUGCCCAGAUGCCAGGUGGAGGGGUGCCACGUGGCACUUGGUAAUGCCAAAGAGUACUACAGGAAACAUAAGGUGUGUGAAAUUCAUUCGAAGGCUCCCAAGGUUGUGGUGUCGGGACUUCAACAGCGGUUCUGUCAACAGUGUAGCAGGUUUCAUGGGGUGACAGAGUUUGAUGAAGCCAAAAGGAGUUGUAGAAGACGAUUAAAAGGACAUAAUCAACGAAGAAGAAAGGGAACGCAUUCCAUGGUGGAGCGACGGCUUGGACGGUCACCGUCGAACCCAGGAUGUGCUCUCUCUCUUCUGUCAUCUCCAGAAACCCAAUCCUGGAAUUCCUCUAGUGACUUGUCGUCAAGAUGCAGCGCCGCGCUUUAUGAACUAAUCGCGGCAAACAGAGCGACUUCUUCAGUUUUCUUGAAUCAAAAUUUCUACCAUCAACCGGUUGCGUUGGCUGACACCCAAAUGUGGGAUCGAUAUAGUAAUACGACGAUAGGUGAGGUAAAGCAAACUCCGGCUUUGGAAUUUGGGCUUUUGUCGAUGAAGGAGAGGUCUAAGGAUCCAGAGCCAGAGGAGUGGACCGAUUAUUGUUGGUCCUCGUUUGGGGGCGCCAAUGUCAUGUAGAAGAAUGUUGGAUGUUUUAGUUUUGUACCACAAAACAUAUGUUUUUUUCUUUCUUUCAAUCUCUCUUUUUCCAAAUCUAACUCCAAAAGUAAGUACUUGCUCUUAAUAAAAACGUUUGUUUAUGGUACAGUAUGUACCAUCAA